AUGGCAUAUCAGAUUGAUUUGUCCCAAUCAAAAUUUAUUGUAGAUGACACUCCUCAAUUGAAGAGGGAACCUCCAGCAAUAUUCGCCAAGAAGGAGUCAACAGAUUACUUUGAUGGAAAUUCUACGGUUUGCGAAUGCAAUGAGGAAAUAGAACCUUAUGCGUUUUAAUUGAGAUUCAAAGUCGAAUUGAAGUAGGAUCCAAUUGCAUAAACAUAAGAGGAGAAGGAACUUUGUAAUAUGGGUUCGAGUUUCGGAGUCUAUGAUGGUGAUAAAAACAAUAAUUUCGAUAAUCCUAUUGAUCACGUCAAUCAAAAUACACAAGAUCCAAAAGACAAUCAUCAAAAUCUUGGAGAAAGUAAAUAAAGUUUCAAUCAUAUUCAAAAACGCAAUGUGUUCGUAUAAACUAAGAAGUUAUUGCUUAAAAACCAAUAAUAGCUAUUUAAAUGUAACUAAAAGUACGUCAAUCAUGCAGUUUAUUAAGAAACUCUACUCAGUUUGAAGUAGAAAUAAAGUCUGCAAAAGUUCGUAAGUAAAAAGAAUAACAAAAAUCGAUUAUUGA